GGGAGGAUGGGGAUGGGCCGCUGGAGGCCAGCUCCAAGCGCGUCCUAAAGUCCCUCCCGCCGCCCCGCGUCGCUUUAAGGCGGAGGCCCGGGAGGGGGCCGACCCCGCCCGCCAGCUCCACGCUCGACUCCAGACUCCGACCCCGCCCGCCAGCUCCACGCUCCACUCCAGACUCCGACCCCGCCCGCCAGCUCCACGCUCCACUCCAGACUCCGGCAUUUCCUCCCCGCUAGUUGGCGCGUCCUCGCCUCCCCCUCGGAAGAGGAAACUCUCGGGGUCCGAGUAACGGGAUCAGGCGCGGAGACAGGAGCGGCGGGAGAGCCAGGAGGGCUGCCUUGGGUAGGAGGCCAGCCAGGCCAGAAGCUGGCAGAGGGCGGCGCGCGGAGACGCCGGGCGGGGAGGGCCGCUGGGCCGGACGCUGCGCGCCGCCGGGGCAGGGCGCGGCCCGGGGCCGGAGAGCGCAGGGCGGGCCGCAGCUGGAAGGAACACUUGAGCUGGGAGAGGAGGCCGAGCUGGAGGGCGGUUUCCCGCGGGCCUGCGAUCGGGAAUUCGCCGCGGAGGAGGAGACAGGGACAGCGGGGCCGUCCAGGCGCUGUGCGCAUGCUGGGCUGGGGGCGCCGCCGGGGCUCGCGCCCUGGGCUGCUCGGCCACCGCGGCCCCGGGCGCACGGCAUGUCGGUGCACUACACCCUCAAUCUACGCGUCUUCUGGCCCCUGGUGACCGGCCUGUGCACCGCUCUGGUGUGCCUCUACCAUGUCCUGUGGGGAAGCUGGGGCGCCCGGGCCGAGCCCCCCGACGGCGUGGACGGGGGUUUCCCAUUGCUCAAAGUGGCGGUCCUGCUCCUCCUCAGCUACGUCCUCCUGCGCUGUCGCCACGCUGUCCGGCAGCGCUUCCUGCCCGGGUCUCCCCGUCUGGGGGGCCACGCCACCUUCUCCUCGAGACACUUCCGAGAGCCGGGCCUCAGCAUUUUGCUGGAGAGUUACUACGAGCACGAGGUGCGCCUGUCUCCGCACGUGUUGGGCCACAGCAAGGCGCACGUGAGCCGGAUCGUGGGCGAGCUGGUGCGGGCUGGCCGCUCCCGGGGAUCCCCCGGCCUCAUCCCCGGGGGAGCGCUGGCGUUGGCCUUCCGCGGAGACUUCAUCCAGGUGGGCAGCGCCUACGAGCAACAUAAAAUCCGCCGGCCCGACAGCUUCGAUGUGCUGGUGCCACUGCGCCUCCCACCGCUGGUGGCGCUGGACCCACGGAGCCUGGGCGAGGAGCUAGCGCUGGCCCCAGCCUUCCGCGGCUGCUUCGUGUGCGCCCUUAAGGCACCACCCUCACCCUCUGGGGCCUCGGGGGCCCACUGGCUUCGGGACUGCAAACCCUUUGCUGAUGGCUUCUGUGUGGAUGUGCGCGGGCGGCGCCACCUCUCUGCUGCUCUGGUGCUGCGCUGGUUCCAGUCGCAUCUGCAGCGCUCUUUGGCCACUGUGCGUUACAGCCUGGAGGGGCGCUGUCGGGUCACCUUGACCCCGGGUGGCCUGGAGCAGCCCCCCACGUUACACAUCCUGCCCUGCCGCACUGACUACGGCUGCUGCCGCCUUUCCAUGGCUGUGCGCCUCAUUCCCGCUGUCCAUCUGGGAGAUGGCGUCUUCCUUGUGGCGCCCCCACCGCCACCCUUGCCCAGCGGGCUCCUGUUGGAGCUCCCUGGGGGCCUGCGCUCGGAGGCACUUUGGGGUGUGAAUACAGCUCGCCAGGAGCAGAAGCUGCUGAGUUGGCUGCAGGAACGGGCAGCUCCAGGUGCCUGCUACCUCAAGUGCCUGCAGUUGCUUAAGGCUCUGCGAGAUCUGGGCGCCCGUGGGCUGGACUCAGCGGCCGCCACCCAGUGGGGACGCAUCCUGUCCUCCUAUGUGCUCAAGACAGUGCUGCUGGCAGUGCUGCUGCGCAAGGAGGCCCCUGGACAAAGCUGGGAUGAGGAGCACCUGGGAAAGUGUUUGGAGGAGUUGGUGCAGUUCCUUAGGGACUGCCUGCUGCGACACCAUACGCUCUUCCACUGCGUCCUGGGCCCUGGGGGGGCGGCUGCCGAGGUGGGCCCCCUGCCCAAGGUACUACGGGAAGCCGCCCCAGUUGACCUCCUGGCUGCUUUCGACGGCCACGCCCGGGAACUUGCAGCAGCGCGGUUGUUGUCCACGUGGCAAAGGCUACCCCAGCUUCUCCGGGCCUACGGGGGUCCCCGCUACCUUGCCAGGUGCCCCCCACCCCGGAGUCAGCGCACCCAGGGCUUCCUUGAAGGUGAACCGUAAACCCUGACAGCACCUCCACCUGACCAAAUGCUCCUAAACCUUUUCCCACUGGGUGGGGGUGGGAAUGGUGGUGAGGCCAGUUAAAUGCAAGAUUACAGAAGGCAGUGGAAAAUUUGGUGGCUGCCUCAAGCUUUAGUGGCUUAAAUAUCACUUCCUCACUUCACAGUCCAAUAUAAUAUGACAUCUUCACACCCACUAGAGUGUUCUGGACAAACUAGGGGAAGACAUCCAACUGCAGCCCCAAGAAUUGGUUCAAACGUGGUUUUGUGUGGGUGGAUUCUGUGGAAGGGUAUGGCUUUUAGAGAAGUCCAGUAGAAGAAGCAAGAAUUAGCUGCAGGGAAAGUUUCUUCUUUUGGCUUUUAGACACAGAUCUCUCUGCCCAAAUUAAAAAAAAAAAACAAAAAAAACUAAAGUUUUUGACACAAUUACUUGCUAGGUACUGGGUUCCUGAUUGACUUU